GAGGGCUGUAGACGAAUGGGGUGAUGUCAUUUCAAAACUUAAAUCACUCCCCCAAGUCUGAGGUGGUGAGUUGUUUGCCUCUUUUUUUUCCAGUCAAGUUCUUUCAUAUAAACGUCGUGGAUCAUCCAAACAUCGGCGGCGGAUCGAGACAAAGUGUUAAAGUGAACGAGAACAACAACGAGGCGACAGGACAGGAGCAUUUAUUCACAAUAGUCUGGAGCCGAGGCUUAUCUCUGCGGGGAAACGCUGUUGAACUUUUUUUUUGCUACAAUCACACACCAAAAUGAAUCGGAGUUUUCAUAAAUCGCAACCUUUGCGAUACGCGGAUUGUAAUGCGGUGGAGGUUAAAAGCAAGUAUGGGGCGGAGUUUCGGCGGUUCUCGGUGGACCGGGUGAAGCCGGGGAAGUUUGAGGAGUUCUCCCGGCUCAUCAUGCACAUCCACCGCAUCGCCAACAUGGAGCUGAUGAUCGGCUACGCCGACGUGCACGGCGACCUGCUGCCCAUCAACAACGACGACAACUUCUGCAAGGCCGUGUCCAUGGCCCACCCCCUGCUGCGCAUCUUCAUCCAGAGACAAGAAGAGGUGGACUACACCAGCUUCGGCACCAACACGCUGACGCGGCGCAAGAAGGCGGUGGUGACCAUGCGCAACGACGUCAACCGCAAGCGGCCGCACAUCCGCAUCGGCAUGCCGCAGGACUUCCGGCCCGUCUCCUCCAUCAUCGACGUGGACAUCCUGCCCGAGUCGCACCGCCGCGUGCGCCUCUACCGCCACGGCUCGGACAAGCCGCUGGGCUUCUACAUCCGCGACGGCACCAGCGUGCGUGUCACGCCCCACGGCCUGGAGAAGGUGCCCGGGAUCUUCAUCUCCCGCAUGGUGCCCGGCGGCCUGGCCGAGGGCACGGGCCUGCUGGCGGUCAACGACGAGGUGCUGGAGGUGAACGGCAUCGAGGUGUCGGGGAAGAGCCUGGACCAGGUGACGGACAUGAUGAUCGCCAACAGCCACAACCUCAUCGUCACGGUGAAGCCCGUCAACCAGCGCAACAACGUGGUGCGCAGCAGCCGCAUCUCGGGCAGCUCGGGCCAGUCGUCGGACAGCGGCGGCUCCACGGGCUACCCCAGCCUGUCGGUCGGCGGCGGCGGCGGCGCCCUGUCUGCGGGGGCGGGCGGUGUGGCGGCCCCCUCGGGGCCACUGACGCACGGCUACCCCGACGAGCUGGAGAGCGACGAGGAGGCGGACAUCGUGAUCGAGAGCAGCGUGAAGCGGCCGUCGCGGCGGUCCAACGCGUCGGUGGCGUCGGCGGCGUCCACCGCCUCGCGCUCCCACCACCACCACCACCACCAUCACCACCAGCAUCAUCCACAGCAGCAGCAGCAGCAGGCUCCCAUCUCGGCGCCCCCACCGCCGCCACCGGCGGCAUCGGCGCCUGCACCAGCGGCCCCCCCGAGCCCUCCUUCACGACCCCCGUCGGUCGUGUCCACCGCCUCCUUCCACUCCCAGCUCAGCCUCAACGGGAGCACAAACCACCAACACCAUCACCACCAGCAGCAGCCGCAGCAGCAGCAGCAAAGGGAGCAGCAGCAGCAGCAGCAACAACACCACCAGCAGAACCAGCAGCACCACCACCAAAACAGCCUGAGCUACCAGCUCCACAGAGACCUGAACCUGCAGAACGGGCCUCAGACGCCCCACAGUCCGCACCACGCUCAGCCCCAGCACCACAGCAGCAACCCGGCCCUGCGACACAGCAACGGCAGCCUGCAUAAAAUCCUCAGCUCCCUGAGAACGGACCCGAGGCACAGCCUGGCCCUGCCCCGGGGAGGGGUGGAGGAGGACGGCACCGUCAUCACCCUAUAACACGGAUAGACACGGACACACGCAUGCACACACACACACACAUACACACACAAACACACAUACAGGUGCAGACAGACAGACAGAGAGCAAGCCUCCAAGCUGCCUAAAGACUUAAACUGGAUGAUUUUAAAGGCGGGGCCGGUACAUCUGUGCGUCGGCAUGCUUCCUCACGAGUCAGUAUGCAAAACUCAUUUUAUCACUUUUUGUUUUAUUUUUGUUCAAAGAUAAAAUGGUAAGAUUUUGAGAAAUGGAUUUUAAAUGCGAAAAAGGAUGAACAAAAUAAUUGAUCUGUUGCUGUGUAUUUCUAAACAGUUUCAUUGUCUUUAUUUUAAAUAAUUUUGGGGACAAGAAAGUGUUAUAGGUAAAUCCACUGUAUUCUAUUCACAUUAGUGACCACUUUUAUUGAGUUGUUGUUUUGUUCUUAUUACUGGGACCAACUUUAAUGUUUUCCUAAUAGACUUUUUAAAAUCAUAAAUUCUGUAAUUAAUUCAGUGAUACUAUAUUUCUUAUAAAUGUUGUGAACCCUGUCUUUGUUUUUUUUUUAUUCUUCCUUUAUGCAUUGUCAAAUUUGAUCAAAUUGUUGAACCUUUUCCAAUAAAUUAUUCCAAACUUAA